UUACUUUGAAACCUCUAGAAUAUGUUUAUUUAAUCGGUUUUAAAUUAUAUUUCACUGUCAGAAAGUUAGGUUGUAGUUUUGGUUGCUUGAGGCCUGGGGGUUGAAAGGGACAGUAAAAUAGGGGAUGAAUGGGACAUGUCCCUUUCAACCCCAUAUUGACAUGUUUUUGGCAUGCUCUAAUGCUAAAUUUUUUUAAUAGAAAAAAAUGCCUCGAAAGUAUAAGAAAAAGAAACAGAAAGAACGUGUGAUGCCAGAAGUGAUUCAAGGGGCAAUAAUUGAAGUUGUCGAAAAAGAAGCAUCAAUCAGGGCUACAGCCAGUACCCACGGAAUUGCAAAAUCGCAUUUGGCUAGACUUGUUUCAAGAUAUAAAAAAGACAAUGUAGUGUAUUCACCGCGUGUGGGUAACAGGAAAGUUUUUACUACAGAGCAGGAGGCAGAAUUAGCAUUGUAUUUAAUGCAAGCAUCAUCAAUGAAUCACGGUUUAACAACACUGCAAACGAGGGAAUUGGCUUUUCAAUAUGCAAAACUUGUACAAUCAAAUACAAUUCCUAAAACCUGGUUUACUAAUAACCAAGCUGGUUUAGAUUGGUUGCAAGGCUUUAUGACCAGGAAUAAGAAUUUGUCUGUAAGAACACCCGAAGCAACAAGUUUGGCCCGAAGUACAAGCUUCAAUAAAACAAAUGUCAGGAACUUUUUCAAGAAUCUAGAAGAUGUUAUGAAGAGAUAUGAAUUCACUCCAGACAGAAUAUAUAAUUGUGAUGAAACAGGUUUCACUACUGUUCACAAACCCCCAAAUGUCAUUUCUAGAAAAGGGGAAAAGCAAGUAGCCCAAGUGACUUCUGGUGAAAGGGGGCAGUUAGUUACUGUUCUUUGUUUCAUAAAUGCGAUGGGAAAUGCAUUGCCCCCUGCAUUUGUAUUCCCAAGAGUUAAUUUCAAGGAUUUUAUGCUGGCAGGAGCGCCUGCUCAAAGUCUCGGACUAGCCCAUCAGAGUGGCUGGAUGACAGCUGAAAAUUUUUUAAAGUGUUUGCAACAUUUCUCAAACUUUGCUGGGACAUCUACAAGCAAUAGCCAUACAGUACUCCUAAUUUUGGACAAUCAUGACAGCCACAUUUUUAUUGAAUCAAUAAAAUUCGCCAAAGAAAACGGAAUAGUGCUGCUAACUCUACCUCCACACACCAGCCAGCGACUGCAGCCACUGGAUGUUGCCGUCUAUGGACCAUUGAAAAGCAGAUACAAUGUUGCUGCAAACAACUGGAUGAUCAAUCAUCCCGGCAAACCUAUGACGAUUUAUGAUGUCCCUGCUCUUGUUAGCGAGGCGUUUGAUGCAUCUCUUACACGAAACAACAUUUUAUCAGGUUUUGCAAAGACUGGAAUAUACCCGUUCAAUAGUGAAGUUUUCACAGAUGACGACUUCCUGCAAGCUGAAGUUACUAAUCGCCCUGAUCCAGAAAAUCCACCCACAGCCGUAACACCAAUGGCAUCCGCUUCCACUUCUGAUGUGCCUACUACAUCUUCUGUGCCCAAGACACUUCCUGUUUGUCCUCAAGCGUCUACAAGUGGAACAAGCGUUCUUUCACCUCAGCUUGUCAAACCGUUCCCAAAAGCUUCUGCACGGAAAACAGCGAAAUCUAACAGAAGAGGCUCAACAAGGAUUCUUACUGAUACUCCUGAAAAAGAUAAAAUCCAGCAAGCAUUCCAGGAAAAAGAGGCGAAGAAGCGAAAGAACGAGUCCAAAGAAAGGAGGACAAAAUCUAAAAAGCAGCUGUUGCAACAUAUUCCAGAAGAAACUGAAAGUGAAGAUGAAGGAUCUCAAAGCAGCUCUUCCUCAAAGUCUGAUGCAACAUCGAGUGAGGGAUCUGAUAUUGAAAACAGUGUCAAACAUAUUCAGCCCAAUGAUUUCAUUUUAGUCAGAUUUGCAAAAAAAACUUCUGUUGUUUACUUCGUGGGAAAAGUUUUAAAGAAACUGAGUGAUGAAGACUUGAAAGUCAAGUUUAUGAAAAAAAUAUUAGGAUGUUACAAGUUCAUAUUUCCUGAAGAGGAUGAUAUCAGUGAUGUCACCAUGGAAGAUAUAGUUUUAAAGCUACCCCAUCCAUCCCAAGCAGGAGGAACAGCAAGAGCAAGCAAACAGUUUAUAUUUUCCAUUGAUUUCACCUCAUAUCGGCUGGGAUAGAUUGCGAAAAACAUUCUAUUGACCAAAGAAAGACAGUUUAAUUAUGUGAGAGCCUACUAAUUGUGAUAUUCUUUAGUUAUUGUUCUUUGUUUGAAAAUAUUUGAUAUUCUUUAAUUGUUUUAAAAAUAUUGAUAAUCUUUAAUUGUUUUAAAAGUAUUGGUAAUCUUUAACUGUUUAAAAUAAAUGUGAUGUCACAUAAUUCAUAUUAUUAAAAGUGUAAUUUUUAAAAAUUUUAGUCUCUAGCUUAUCACUUAUCAGUUACAACAAAAUUUGAAAACAUUGAGAUAACUAAUUCCAAGUUUUACAUUAGAACGCAGGUAGUCCCUUUCAUCCCCG